GGGAUAUGGAGGGUUAAGGGAUGGGGGUUAAGGAAUAAAGGGUAAGGGAUGGAGGCCGGUAAGGUAUAAGGAGGUUAAGGGAAUGGAUGUGGAUUUAAGGAAUUAGACCGACUGAACCCUUGGGAUCGGACAACAGUCCACAGGGAGUACGACCCUCGGGGUGGUCCAGCCUCUGGCAACUUUGUGCGUGAAGCUCUGGGGGACAACCGCUCUGACACCAUACUGUGUUGCCUGUAACCCGAAGUGCACGACUCCCGCAACGCUGGGGUCACCACCUGCUGCCCCCUCCGCUCCGAGCCCAGCCUCGGACUCCUGACCACCUCCCCCUUCUCUUUCCCCUUCUCUCUCCUCUCCCUUCUUCCUGCCCCUUUUGUGUCACCCCUCUUUUCUCCUCCCCCCCACCCCCGCUCCCCAGGACGAGCUGAGGAGCUCGCAUGGAAGCCCCGGUCUGACACCAGCCAAUUCCGGGGACACCCAUGGCCAAGUGGCUCCGGGACUAUCUGAGCUUUGGCGGCCGGAAGCCUCCGCCGCAGCCGCCCACUCCCGACUACACAGAGAGUGAUAUCCUUCGGGCUUACCGGGAGCAGAAGGACCUGGACUUCGAGGAUCCCUACGAGGACGCCGAUGGCCGCCCCGAGUCGGAGCCCGCCGGGCUGGUGGACUCCAAGUACGACUCUCCCAGGCACCGGCUGAUCAAAGUGGAGGCUGCAGACAUGGCCAGAGCCAAGGCCCUCCUGGGCAGCCCUGGGGAGGAGCCCGAAGCAGACGCUGAGUACGCGGAUCCUUUUGACGCCCAGCCUCAACUGCCAGCUCUGGAUGAUGGGUACAUGGAACCCUAUGAUUCCCAGACCGGCUCAAGUGAACGGCCAAGCAGAGCAGUCCAGCUUUACGAUACUCCGUAUGAGGAGCAAGAUGCAGAGCCGGAAGAUGGAGCGACUUCUGGCCAGAGUCGGCUGCCACUGGAGGAUGAGAGGCCAGCAGAUGAAUACGACCAGCCUUGGGAGUGGAAGAAAGAUCAUAUCUCCCGGGCCUUCGCAGUACAGUUUGAUGGUCCUGACUGGGAGCGGACCCCAGGCUCGACCAAGGACGGCCGAAGACCACAGCCUGCGGAGCGCGUGGAUGUGACUCUGGCCCUGGAGAAGCAGCCGUGGUUUCACGGCCCCCUGAGCCGUGCAGAGGCCGAGAACCUUUUGUCCCUCUGCAAGGAAGGCAGCUACCUAGUGCGGCUCAGUGAGACCAGGGCUCAGGACUGCAUCCUGUCCCUCAGGUGAGACCCAGACGCAGA